AUGGCUUUUUCUCCAUACAAAAUUCUCUCUCUCAUUUCUAUCAUCUUCACCAUCUUCACUUCAAUGGUAUCAUCAUUGAUAACCGCACCAAACAAUAACAACACCAGUACUAUAACCAUUCCUCUAUCUCCAUUAUUAUUCACAAACAACAAGCACAAUAAUAACAACCCCCCUAAUUCUUCAUUAGAUCAAUACCAAUCCCUCAAACUCCAUGCUUAUGCUUCCAUAACAAGAGCCCACCACCUCAAACACCAUAAAUCCAAAAAGGGCUCAUCUCCCUCCAUCAUCAAAACCCAAGUUCACCCUAAAAGCUAUGGAGGGUACUCCAUAGACCUUAAAUUUGGAACACCACCACAAACAUUCUCUUUUGUUUUGGACACAGGAAGCAGCCUUGUAUGGCUACCAUGUUCAUCUCAUUACCUAUGUUCCAAAUGUAACAUAGACACUAACAAGAUUUCAACAUUCAUUCCCAAGAAAUCCUCCACUUCCAAGCUCAUAGGAUGCAAAAGCCCUAAAUGUGCAUGGAUUUUCGGGCCCAAUGUAGAAUGUCAAAAUUGCCAAGAAAGAAAACAAAAUAAUUGCUCGCAGAUUUGUCCAGCCUAUACAGUUCAGUAUGGACUGGGCACAACUGCAGGUUUUCUCCUCUCGGAGAAUUUAAAUCUCCCUAAAAAAAUUGUACCUAAUUUUCUUGUAGGAUGUUCUGUUCUUUCCAUGUACCAACCCGCUGGUAUAGUCGGAUUAGGACGUGGACCAGAGUCAUUGCCACGUCAGAUGGACCUCAAGAAAUUUUCUUAUUGUUUACUCUCUCACCGCUUCGACGACUCCCGAGAGGCCUCCGACCUCGUCUUGCAUGGCGGUAGAACUGCCGGAAAAACCGCCGGCGUUAGUUACACGCCGUUCGACAAAAAUCCGGCAGGGGAAAACACCGCAUUUGCGACCUACUAUUACAUUCCAAUCCGGAAGGUAAUUGUUGGUGGGAAACAUGUUAAGAUUCCGGCGAAUCUUCUAGAACCGGAUUCCGCCGGAAACGGCGGUUCCAUAGUGGAUUCUGGUACCACGUUCACGUUCAUGGACAAGCCAAUUUUCGAUGCGGUGGCACGUGAGUUCGAGAACCAAGUGAAUCUCACAAGGAAUAGGGUGGUUGAGAAGCGUUCAGGGCUGAGUCCAUGUUUCACCGUCGCCGCCAACAACAAAACGACGUCGUUUCCGGCUCUAACAUUGCAAUUCAGAGGCGGCGCCAAGAUGAUUCUCCCGCCAGAAAAUUAUUUUUCUUUUGUUGGAGCAAAGUCUGACGUGGCGUGUUUUACAAUUGUUUCCGAUGAAGGAUUUGCGGCGACACCGUCGGCGGCGCGUGGACCUGCGGUGAUUUUGGGAAACUAUCAGCAACAGAAUUUCUACGUGGAAUAUGAUUUGGAGAAUGAGAAGUUUGGAUUUCGGCGUCAAAAUUGUAAACGCAGUGGUUAGUGAUAGUAUUAGUAUUAUAUAUUAGCGCCACCGUGUAAUGUUAGAAUGUGCGGCGGAGACAAUGGCCGUGGGUGGCGGUUGUAGUUUUAACUAUGAAGUGCAUGGCUGUAGUAACAUAUAUGCUACUCUUUUUAAUUAUUUGUCUAUUUUUUA